AUGGGCGCAAAAGCUGGCCAUGAGAAGAGCUCCAAGACCCGAGGGUGGACCUCAUCUCAGCUCGAUGUCUCUUCCUUGGGUGUGCUAUUGGACUUGUCUAGUCCGAACCGUAACCCUGACCCUGAUUCAUUAAAUCAGAAUGGUAACAGCCCCACUAACCCGUUCGGACAAAAUUCUGAUCAAGGAGCACAGACAAACUCUGGCGUUAAGAUUAAUCCAACAAGCCAACAACAAGAGCCAAAUCAGCAACAAAAUCAGCAACCGCUUAUUGUUCACCAGAAUCAACCCCAGCCAAUAGUUGGACAAGAAAAUCAACCUCAGCAAGUUGUUAUUAGACAACCAAAUCAACCUCAGCAAAUUUAUGUAUCACAACCAAAUCAACCGCAACAAAUAGUUCCAGUGCAACAAAAUCAACAACCUAACCAAAUUAUAAUUGAUCAGCAACCAAACAGGCAAGGCGUCAUAACAGUCCAAUCAAAUCAACCAGCUGUUAUCUGGAACCAACCACCCAACCAACAGAUUGUUGGAAAUCCGUCGAACCAACAACCAAUAAUGGCUAACCAACCUGGUCAGCAAGCAAUUUGGGUGACACCAAACGGCCAGCAGACAAUUCUUGUCGGACAACCUAAUCAAAUGCAGGUGUCUCAAAUUGGACAGGGCGGCCAACAACAUGGGCAAGCUAUUUUAGUACCGAAACCAGGUGAAAAUAAUGUGUACACAUUUAUUCCCAUAAAUAGUCAAAAUAACAAUCAAAAUCAAGGUGUGUCCAAUGGGAAUACAAUCUGGGUUCCAGUUCAGUCAUAA